AAACGUGGUUUCAUAAAGAUAUUGAAUAACAACAUGUGUAAAUAAAGGUUUUUCUUGUAUUUUUGUGUUUUGACAGCAUGUGCUGUUAACCCAAGAUUGUGUAAGAUACUUUUGCAGUUUUGAAAAUCCUCUGCAGAGGUACGGAAACAGAUUUUUGCUGGCUAGCUGAAGGAUUAUUUUAAGAAGGGAACUUAUUUAUUAAUUUUUUUAAAAGGAGAAACAUUUGCCCACUAAUUUGCAGAACAAAUCUUUCUUCAUACAGGAAAGGGUUAUUUUUUUUCUGAUUUUUACAACGUGCGUGGUUCAAAGAAUCCAGCUUUCACCAUCACCUCUUAAAAGCAAGCAACUUUGUGAAUUGGGUGAGUGGGAGCUCUUUGACCUCGGGCAACAGAGGGAGGACACACAGCGCAAUCCAAUACAUGACUACUCAGAAGUACCAUUGAAAUCAAUGGGGCUUACUCCUCAGUAAGUAUACGCCAGAUACGUGAACAGUCUCCUGGCUUAAAGUAGGGAUGGGGAACAAGAUGUUCACUCCUACAAAUGCAACAGAUUACGACGCAAUCACCACAGAAUUCAUUUAUGAGGAGGAUAUGCCGGCACCAUGCCCAAGUUUGACUGUCCAAGAAUUUGGUUCCCGUGUCCUGCCAUCACUUUACUCUUUGGUGUUCAUCUUUGGCCUGCUGGGGAAUGCACUGGUUGUGCUGAUCCUCAUCAGAUACAAAAAACUCAAGAGCAUGACUGAUAUCUACCUCCUCAAUUUAGCAAUCUCUGACUUGCUUUUCAUUUUUGCACUCCCAUUUUGGGCUUAUUAUGCAGCGCAUGAGUGGAUAUUUGGAGAUGCAAUGUGCAAAAUUCUCUCUGGAAUCUAUUUUGUAGGCUUCUACAGUGGAAGUUUUUUUAUAAUCCUUUUGACCAUCGACAGGUACCUAGCAAUAGUCCAUGCAGUGUUUGCAUUAAAAGUCAGGAAUGUUGCCUAUGGCAUCCUCACAAGUGUCAUCACAUGGGUUGUGGCACUUCUAGCCUCUGUGCCAGCGCCGAUCUUUUACAAAUUACAAAAGCAAAACAACCUUUUAGCAUGCACUCCUCAUUUUUCAGCUGAAACUCAAGUCAUGUGGAACCAGUUCCUGACACUGAAAAUGAACCUUAUAGGUCUGAUCUUUCCAAUGAUUGUUAUGACCUUCUGCUAUGCACAGAUCAUAAACACUUUGAUGCGAUGCAGGAAUGACAAAAAGAACAAAGCUGUCAGGCUUAUAUUUAUCAUCAUGAUUGUUUAUUUCAUCUUUUGGGCCCCGUACAACAUUGUCAUUCUGCUCCAGACAUUCCAGUCUUCAUUUUCUCUUGACAAUUGUGUUGCCAUUAGUAAUUUGGGCAUAGCAGUACAAGUGACAGAAACAAUCACAAUGGCCCAUUGUUGCAUCAAUCCUAUGAUCUAUGCUUUUGCUGGUGAGAAGUUCAGAAAAUACAUUUGCAGCUUUUUCCGAAAGCAUGUUGCUGUUCAUCUUUCAAAACACUGCCUAUCUCUAUAUACAGAACCUUUGGAACGUGCUACUUCCACAUACACACAGUCCACUGGGGAGCAUGAAAUUUCAGCUGUGUUGUAAUGGAUGUCCAGAGAGAAGAAAUAAAAACUUACUUCUGCUGGUACAACUUACCAAAUCCAUUUGAACACUGGGAUCUAAGGAGGCUAUAAAAGCAUUGAGUUCUUCUUCUUUUUUUUAAAUAAUUUUUAUUCAAAUUUUUCAAAAGACAAACAAAACAAAGUCAAAAAACAUAACAAUACAACAACAACAACAAAAAUAAAAUAGUUGACUUCCGAUUUGUCGCAGAUCAGCUAUAAGUAUAUAAUAUACAUCAAACCUGUCCCUUAAUAUAUACAUACAGGAUCACUUUUCUCCAUAGGCUAUCUUAAUUAAUCGUCAAAUCCCAAUAUCAUCAUUUUAUUUUGAUCUUUCAACAAAAAGUCUAAGAGAGGCUUCCAUUCCUUAAGAAAUGUGUCUGUCGAUUUUUCUCUAAGUAGACAUGUCAAUUUAUCCACCUCUACUAAGUCCAUUAAUUUCAAUAGCCAUUCUUCCGUUGUUGGUGUUGAUUCCAUUUUCCACUUUUGUGCAUAUAAUAAUCUUGCUGCCGUAAUCAUAUAUAAUAUUAUUCUUCCAUAUUUCUUUUCUAUUUGUUUAUCCAUAAAACCCAGUAAAAAAAAUCCUGGUUUUGACUGAAUAUUUAUCUUUAGAAUUUUUUGCAUCAUCCUACCUAUCUGUGCCCAAAAUGAUUUUGCCUUUUUACACAGCCACCACAUAUGAUAAAAUGAUCCUUCUUGUUGUUUACAUUUCCAACAAAC